AUGGUGAUUGUGUUUCUCGUUUUACUCUACAUCCAUACGGUACGCUGCCAAUCGACCAUUGUCACACCGACUUUCGUUUCCAACUGUUCGUUUUCAAAUAGCACUUACCUAUCCAACGCUGCCGUCUCCGAUCAAUUUCUAUUUAUCAAUCGUACUUCGAUCACACUGAUUGCGAGUUACGCGUUUACUAUAUCGUCCACAUUCGAACUUGGUCUCAUCUAUCCGUUUUCCUCUUCGAAUUAUCUUGUACCAUUUCCUAUUAUAUUCAAUUGUGCAGCAAUUGUUAAUUCGUGCCAAUUAAAAACAAUGAUAGUUGCAUCGGUAUCGACACGCGAUUCCGAGACAAUACCUGUGGAAUUAACAUCGUUCAACUAUACUAAAACAACGACAAACAUGUUAUUCAAUCAAAUGAGUAUAUUCUUACGGCAAGGGCGAUAUCAAUUAAGUAACUGUUCGUUGAAUAACGGACAAGAAAUGACUGAUCCACAAACGAUAUUUGAUAUUCAAAUUCUGUACGAAAAAUCUGUUGGUACUUUAUGUGACCCGUCGACGACAAUAUGUGGUUCACCUUCUUUGACCACCUGUUCUUCAUCAAAAUGUGCAUGUCGAUCGUCGUCGAGUUCGAUUGUCUCCUACUCGGGUUCGCUCUACUGUGCUGAUGCAAUGAAUAUCUCCGAUUGUCACAUAUUCCCUUCACGUUGUAUAUUCUGGUGUAAUCAAACGAGUAAUUAUCUAUGCAUUUGUCCAAGCGAUACACGUCGAAAUCAACUCAAUCAUGUCUAUGUUUGUGAAUUACUGAAUUCAACUAAUUGUUCACUUGAUGAUGAUAUUCGACGAUGUCCAUCGGGACAAUGUUGUAUCAAUGGACGAUGCACAGAUUGUGCACCGGCAACAACGAUAACAACAUCGAAAAUGCUGAAUAUUCAAGAGAAUUCCGUUGACGAUCGUCUUCGCAUCGCUCUUGGUGUAAUUGCUGGUUUACUUGUCACGUCCGUAAUCAUUCUUCUAGGCGCAUUCUGUUGGCUACGUCGUCGACAAAAAAUGUGUCGAUUAUCAGCUGAGAAAUCACUCGAAUCAUCAUCGUCAUCUUCACUCUAUAUCUCACCUAUCCAACAACAAGGCAAAUAUACUUCUUCAGUCUCGCCGAUCUAUCAGUUAUCUUACAAUAAUUUCAACAAAACAAAUACUUUCUAUCGUACGGACUCGUUUCGUCAAGCCGUUGGCUUAGGUCAGCACGAUAAGCAAUUCACUGAACAUGUUUCGACAAAACGUGAUAGUUUUGUACAAGAGAAAGACGGUUGGUCAUCACCAACAUCCAGUACAUUAGAGUACGUUGUACCUACGAUCAACAACGAAAAUACGAAUAACAAUAACAAUAAUCAGCAUCAGCGAUCAAACUGUUCGUCGCCUUCAAUACUUACUUACGCUGUAUAG